UUGUUAGAAUAAGUUGAAAGAGGAGUUGUCUGUGUGUGUGUAUGGGAGAGAGGAAGAGGUCCUCCUUUGCUGCAGGUUCUGUUGGCUCUCCUCUGCGGGAGCACUAUGGGCUGCUAUUGUUACAGAUUUUACUAGCCUCCUCCUCCUCUCCUGCGCAGCGACAAACGAUGAUGGAUGAUAGUAACGCCUACUCUCCCCACGACCAAUCUCUCUCCCCAAACUCUAAUCUUUGCAUCACGAUCGAGGAGGGUUCUCAAAGCAGCGAGCAGCUGGUUGUAGUACAAGACAGAGACGACGACGACCUUCCAAUCGUCGGAGACAACAACAACCCUCCUCCCGACCUCCACGAUUGCGAUGGAUUACUUACUCAAUUCCCAGCUCAAAGCAACGAAUCCGAAAAGUGUUCGAUGUCGUCGGCUCCUCCUCCUCCUCCACCACCCGCUACCGGAAUGGAAUUCGACUCCUACGACGACGCCUACACUUACUACAACUCCUACGCGAGGGACCUAGGUUUCGCGAUCAGGGUCAAAUCCUCGUGGACAAAGCGUAACAGCAAGGAGAAACGCGGCGCCGUCUUGUGCUGCAACUGCGAAGGUUUCAAGACGGUCAAAGAACCAAACAACAGCGCCCGGAGAAAAGAGACGAGAACCGGUUGCCAGGCCAUGAUCCGCCUCAGACUGAUCGAACUCGAUAGAUGGAAAAUCGAUGAAGUCAAACUCGAACACAACCACUCUUUUGACCCUGACCGAGCUCACAACUCCAAGUCUCACAAGAAAGCUUGUGGUGGCGCUGCUGCUGCUGCCACCAAGAGAAAACCUGAACCGCCUCUUGAUGUCCAAGUUCGCACCAUCAAGUUGUAUAGGACCACCAAUGCUAUUGACUCUAAUGGGGAGACCAGUCAUGAUCAGUCACACUCUUCGAGGCGUUUGGAUCUCAGCUUUAGAGUCUUGCAGGACUUCUUCUUCCAAUCUCAGCUUACCAACCCCAACUUCUUCUACUCCAUGGAUCUCGGCCACGACGGAGGUGGCCUCAGGAACGUCUUCUGGAUCGAGUCUCGAGCCAGGGCUGCUUACUCUCACUUCCGCGACGUGGUUGUCUUCGACACAACGUGUUUAUCCAACGCCUACGACCUCCCUCUCGUCGCGUUUGUUGGAAUCAACCACCACGGAGAUCCCAUCUUACUCGGAUGUGGUUUGGUUGCUGACACGAAGAGCUCCGAGACAUACGUCUGGCUCUUCAGAGCUUGGCUUACCUGCAUGUCGGGCCGUCCCCCGCAGACCUUCGUCACUGAGCAUUGCAAGCCCGUGCAGGCUGCAGUAUCCGAAGUUUUCCCUAGGGCUCACCACCGUCUUAGCUUGACCCACGUCUUGCAAACCAUCUUUAGGAGCGUUGUCGACGACGGGGUACUACAAGAUUCAGAGUCGUUCCGUGUGGCGCUGAACAGAGUGGUGUACGGUUAUCUCAAGGUCGAGGAGUUCGAAGUCGCUUGGGAGGGAAUGAUCAAUCGGUUUGGGCUUACGAAUCACGAGACCGUCCGGGGUUUGUUUCAGGAUCGGGAACAGUGGGCUCCUGUUUACCUCAAGGAGACUUUUUUGGCAGGGGGGCUGACUUUUCGGCUGGGAAACGCGGCAGCUCCCUUCAUCUUCAGCAGCUACGUUCACCAGCAGACUUCACUGAGAGAGUUCCUCGAAGGGUACGAGUCUUUUCUGGAUAAAAAGUACACAAACGAGGCCUUGUGCGAUGCAGAGUCGUCCAAAUCAAUCCCUGAGCUCAAAACAACGCACCCGUACGAGUCUCAGAUGGCAAAGGUGUUCACAAAGGAGAUAUUCACGAGGUUCCAAGAGGAGGUAUCGGCGACGUCUUCAUGUUCUGGAGUAACGCAAGUCCACUCAAACGGCGGCUCGGCCUCCACUUACGUGGUGAAAGAGCGGGAGGGAGAGAAAGUGAGAGACUUUGAGGUCGUCUACGAGACAAAUGCUGCUGCUGCAGCAGGAGGAGGAGCAGCACAGGUACGUUGCUUCUGUGUGUGUGGUGGUUUCAGCUUCAACGGGUACCAAUGCAGACACGUGCUCCUCCUGCUCAGCCACAAGGGCUUGGAGGAAAUCCCGUCUCAGUAUAUACUGCAGCGUUGGCGUAAGGACGUGAAGCGUCUCUAUGUUGUAGAUUUCGGGUCAGGCUGUGUAGACAUGACGAAUCCGGUGCAAUGGUACGAGCAUUUGCACAGAAGAGCGAUGCAGGUCGUUGAACAAGGGAUGCGAUCGAAAGAGCACUGCAGAGUUGCCUGGGAAGCGUUUAAAGAGAGUGUGAAUAGAGUGACAGAGAAGUCUUCGUAGGUACCUUUUUUUGUGUUACCUGCUACUGUAGUAUGUUUUAUAUCUUCACACCUGAUUGAAAUUCUAAUAAUUAUUAGGGUCAGAACUCAUUCCUGCAAUAGAUUCAUGUAGGGAUCAUUAAAGACUUAUCUUUCUUGUUC